CCGCGCCAUCCCUUCCUCCCACUCUCAGCCAUCCAUCUCCCAUCCGACGAUACACACGCCGCAUCCUUCUACUCCCAUCCUCCACCACAUGCUCGUCGCUAUAAAUCCUCCACACGGGACCACCUUCCACCGCCGCAAGCCACCACAAACACAGAGAAGCCAAGCUCACCUCGCCGGAGAGAGAGAGAAACCAAGCUUCGAGGAUGUCAGGCGACGGCGACGGCAAGGGCGAGAAGUUGCUGCUGGGCGAGGGCGAGAAGGUGGUGGGCGAGGGCGAGAAGGUUCUGGGCAAGCGCGGCGCCAAGGGCGGGAAGGGCCGGGGCAAGGGAGGCGCCAAGCGGCACCGGAAGGUGGUGCGGGACCACCUGAACGGCAUCACCAAGCCGGCCAUCCGCCGUCUCGCCCGCCGUGGAGGCGUGAAGCGCAUCUCGGGGCAAAUCUACGAGGAGGCCCGCCAUGUGCUCAAGGUGUUCCUGGAGGCCACCGUCCGCGACGCCCUCACCUGCAGCGAGCACUCCCGCCGCAAGACCGUCACCGGCAAGGACGUCGUCUACUACUAGGCCGCGCCGAUCCGGUCCGGCCGAACCCGCCUCGCGCCUCCUCCAUAUUAGCAGUAGCAGUUAGCUUCGGCGUAGAUCAUGGAAUGCAGUAGUAGUACUAGCUAGUAGCAUGGCUUUUCUCUCUGUUGUUAGGAUGUGGUACUAGUAGAGCAUGGAAUGGGAAUCUCCAUCGUUUUAUCCCUGAA